ACACACACACACACACACACACACACACUCAAUUUUUUACUUCCUCUAGCACUUGGGACUAUUGCUAAAGCACGUGGUGAGUGCAGAGAGGAAACAUGAUUCACCUGAGUGUCAGUUUUACUGUGUGUAUCUUUGGCUAUUCUUUCUUUCUCAGAACACUCUCGGUCACCUUCCAUUUAGACUCAAUAUAUGACACAUGCAUACCUCCCCCACAACACACACACACUCACUCACUCACACACUCACUCAAGCAACACAUGUGUUUUCUCUCUUAUCUGUAAUGGUGGAGGGACCGUCAGGUGUCUUUAACACGUUGUGUCCUCAGUCAGAGGCAGCAUGGUGGACCUCAGCUUUGUAAACUGGGUCAGUGUAGACAACCUCAUAGAGGAGAGUGGGCAGAUGUUUCUGCCGAAGAUUUUGUGUGACGCUGCUGUUUCCUCCUCUGCCUCCUCUCUCUCUCACUCUCUCCUUUUCUCUCAGGUUAUUUCUUCCAUUUGUUCUCCCUUUUCCUCUCUCUCUCUCUCUCUCUCUCUCUCUCUCUCUCCCUCUCUCUUCACCCAUGUUGUGGGGCUAGGUUGGAAUAGUUGAUUGGCAGCUACAGCAGUAUUUGGCUGGUUUGCUGCCAUUCUGUGAGGCUCAGCCAAGCCCCCUGGGUCAGGGCCCUAGAAUUCAGUGCCUUUCGUGAGGGAGAAUGCAGCUGAUGUAUUCUGUGUACACACAGUGGUGCAUGCAGUACUUACUGCUGUGGCUACCACCUACACACACAAACACACACACACACACACACACACACACACACACACACACACACACACACACACACACACACACACACACACACACACACACACACACACACUUUUCACUACAGCACCUGUGUACCAGUUGGCCUGCCGCUCCAGUCAGGUUUCUUGGCAUGCUGACUAUAUCCAGCCAAGGUACUCUGCACUGGACUUCCAAGGCUGUCGCCUGCAAUGUUUUGGCCAAGGGCUUAUCUUUCUAGAUCACUGCCUGCUUUACACUCUUGUAUGGUUUGGAGAGGAGGGUCUACCAUUUCAACUGACAGACUGAGCCAAUCCCUAGCACCCUUGUAGGGAGUCAGGGAUGGCCUGACAGUGCUGUAAUGUUUAGAGUUCACACAGUGAAAGUUCUGGAAGACUAGUUCACAUUCAAAUUUAGAAGCACAUGAGCUUAGGGGAAGUAGACUUCUUGCUACAGAAGAGGGAUGCGGUAGGGAAUGUAGACUUCUAUCUACAAACACCAUGAAAUCUCAGAAUUACUCUUUAAUCAAAAGACUACAAUGAGUACAUCAGAUUUUACUACAUGCUACAUGCUGUUCUCAGCAAAUCCCUGCUCCACAAAGUAGCUGGCAGACCACAAUAUUGAAUUCAAUUAAAGAAAUGGUCCUCUCAGGAAUGGUGCCAUUCAUAUCAGCAUGGUGCACUGUCUUGUGCUUGUUGACCAAGUUAUUCUUAGGGACGAUUAUAUGAGCGCCUCUCAGUGUGUAGUGUACACAACCCAGUUAUAUAUGUGCCAAAGAAAUGAUCGCAACUCGGCGCUGGAAUACUUGCAUCACAGUUUGAGUAACUCUUAUCCUACAGAUUGAAUAACUCCUUCUGUCGUCAUAGCGGAUGCCAUCUGCAAUGUUAUGAGCAUUUGCUGUCAUCUAUGUUUGGCAUGAGAGGGCUAAAUAAAGUUAGGAGGCCAUAUAGCAUGUCAGACGUGCUGCUAGUUGGUUUUGUGUCCGACUCCGUCAGGCUGCUCGCUAUGCCUGAGGUGGGAGGGUCUUUUUUUUUUUUUUUUUUUUGGGCAUGGCAAUGUUCAGAUUCUGCAGCAAAGGCUCCUUUUUCUGCCUCUCCACCUAAAGGACUGCAGUCCUGAGGGAUUGUACUCUUCUCGUCAGAUUGGAAAGGUGGCCAUGGACGCCUUCAGCCAGAUCAUCCUGCUCAUCGCAGUGGUCAGUUUCUUCACCUUCCAGUGGUUGUUCCACAGCGUGAGCCCCUGGGUCUCGUCCAGGGUCAGCCCGGGCUUUCUGCGCCUCACCCCCAAGCAGAAGAUCGAGUGGAACUCCAGGACGGUGUCCACAUUCCAUGCCCUGGUGGUCGGCCUCUUCUGCCUCUACAUCCUGCUCUUUGAUGACGCCGUCAAUCAAGACCCAGUGUGGGGAGACCCAACUCUGGUCAAGAUCAACGUGGGCAUUACCACUGGCUACCUCAUAUCUGACCUGCUGCUCAUAUUUAAUUAUUGGAGUUCGAUAGGGGACAAGUUUUUUGUAAUACACCACCUGGCAGCAUUGUAUGCUUACUACUAUGUACUGGGCCAAGGAAUGUUGCCUUAUUUUGCUAACUUCCGUCUGCUUGCAGAAUUUUCAACCCCAUGUGUUAACCAGCGCUGGUUCUUUGAAGUGUUAGGUUACCCCAAAUCCUCAAGGCCCAACAUCGCCAACGGGAUGAUGAUGGCGGCCAUCUUCUUCCUGGUGCGGAUCGCCGUCAUGCCUGUCUACUACAGCCGCAUGUACUCGGUCUACGGCACCGAGGCCUUCUACCGCGUCCCCCUGGGCGGACGCGGGGCCUGGAUCUUCUCCAGCUUCUGCCUGGACAUCAUGAACAUCAUGUGGAUGCACAAGAUCGCGCGCGGCUGUUACAGGGUGAUGCGCUCGCGCCACAGGCCCAAGCCGCCGCCGCCGCUCCAGGAGAACGGCAAGGCCGACUGAAGACGUUGGAACUUCGCUUUUUAAGUACGUCCCCUCUGUUCUCUUUUGGAUGGAAGGACUGAGAAGAGAUUCUGUACUCUUCUCAAUGCACAACAUGUUUUUUUUUUUUUUUUUUGAGGGGGACUGGUCUCUUCUGGUCUGGCCUCGUUGGCAUGGACUCCUCUUUUUACUGCAGUCAGGUUGAAAACUGCAUUCUGGCACUCACAUGUGAAGGCUCUCGACCUCUGAGAGCCCCCUUCCAAACGAAUUCUCUCAGCCCCCUGUCAGCAAUACUCUCAGUGCAUGGCCAAGUCCUUUUGUUUUGUUGUUGUUAUUGUUGUUGUUGUUUUCUUUCAGUGCAUUUCGAAAUGGCUCGUGACGACCUUGACCUUGACCUUUUCCGUUUCCUGAUGACUCGCACUAAAAAGGCCACACAGCGUUAGACAUUACACUCUAGAGACUCCUGUGACAACGGAGUGUUGUUUACUUUAUGAAAUGAAGUUGUGUGUGCACAUCUGUAUCCACCGUUUUGUAUUCAUGUUAUGGUUGCCUAAAAAUUAUUGGAACAUAAGAGGGAAUCGAUUCUCAGACGAUUUUUUUAACGCGCCCGAACAAUGUUAUUCCCCCGCAUAUUUCCCCACCCCAGUAUACGAUAAUAGAGAAGAAGUUAGGAAACCAAUGCCAGGUCUCCGAGAAAAGCUAAACCCAGGGGAAUGCAACGCCUCAGAGAACACUGGUCCCUUUGAUGUUUUUGUUGGGGUUACUUAGGAAGAUUCAGAAAAGGUCUACCCAGCUGUCUCUGGCACAGCUGGGCCACAAACUUUCAGGAAAUCAUUCAUCAGCCACCGACGGUAUGAUUUCCCAGAGCCGAGAGAAAAGGUUGAAAUUCUAGUCUCGCCAGUUUCUCUGAUUUCGUUUGUUUUUGUUUGUUUUGUUUGGUUGGAAAGUGCACUUUUGCAGGUACUUAAAGUGGAUAUGCCAUAUUGCUCACCAAGUAAUUUAGGAUGUAAAAAUAAAGGAUUGUAAGGCCUAUAGAGGAAUAUAUUCCUUGAAUGAUUCACUCCCCCAAGAGAUUUGGGACCGGUCUUGAAACACAUGAAAACCAUACCCUGUACGGAAUCUGAUGAUAUGUCACAGUGGUGCAAUAUCAUUAAUGCUUUCUCUGUACUGUCAGUAGUUGCAUGCUGCAAUGUUGUCCCUUGAAUUGCAUUCUUGAGAAAAGGUUCGGUGACAUUGGUCAGAGGUGGGGAAACUAGGUGUUUGAAAUUCAACUUUAUGUCCUAUACAUGUACUCCAAUCAGCUUGAAUUCUUAAAAGAUAAAUUGGUGGAAGGUUACAAGGGAUAUAUAGACUAUGAAAAAAGACUAAACUGAGAGUUAGUCUAUAGUGAAUGUGCCCUUUGGGCUACUGUGAGAGCGUUUGGUUCAUGUUUUAAUGAUCAGUGUGAAGAACUAUGUCUGCAUCAUACACAUAAUUUAUUUAAACCAGUUAUACACUGGAGUCGCAUGUCAAUUAUAGUACCUACAUAUUUAUUAUUUCAAAAGGAAAUGAUAUAUGGAUUACAAAGGUGUUUGUGAUGUAUUUGUAGAUAAACAGUAUAUUUAAGGGAAGAGUUCACAAUACCAUUAUAUUCCUUAUAUGAUCAGUUGAGAAUGUGUCCGAUUGGAACAUUUUAUUGUAGAGUACAUAUUCUAUAUGCACAUGUGACAUCCAGCAAACAGGUGGGGGUGUCCACUAAUGUUUGAAACUUGUAUUUUACAAAAUGAAGAGUAUUUAAUAACAAUGAAAAAUAAAUAUUGGGAGGCUUUUUUGUUUUACAAUGGAACAAUCCAGCGAAACUGUACUUGAAUUAAUACCCACACCUUUCACCCCUGUUAAUUGUCUUUUAAUUACGUCUGCACAACUUCAGUCAGCAUUUAUGCCUCCAUGGUUUUCAAAUGAUUUUUUUUCUGGUUGCCUUAUUUUCAAACAUUAUUUUUAUACAGCACAUUACUAUUUUGUUACAGUUUGUUCAGUGUUCAUGUGUGCAAGUAGCUCCCACUGUCUUUUUGUAUGAUUUCUAUGCCUCUGUUUAUUUGUCCUAUCAAAAUGUGAUAAAAUACAGGUCAGGGAAAUUAAAAGAGGAAAUUAUACAGGAGAAAUGUUAAACAAUUUACUUACCAGCCCUACCAGCAUAGCCUAUGUCUUAGCAUGAUUUUACCAAAUGGUUGUUUGUUUUUAUGUGAAACAUUCAGACUCUAAACAAGCCAAACUGUUUAAUAAGAAAACACGUUGAUGUAAAUGAACAUUUUGUCACACAUUGCAUGCCCAGCAGCAUUGCCAGAUAUUAGUUUGCUUGCAUACUGUACAGGGACUUGAGCACUGUAAAUCAUGCCAAAUAGACUUUAGUAAUAUGAUUAUAUAUAUCUAGAUGCAAUGAACUAUACAUAUGUGUAGUUUCCAAUGUAGUAAAAACAAGGGCAUGUUCAUUCCUCGGCAGUGCUUUCAUCUUAAUUUUAUACCUUUAGAUUUGCAGUGUUUUGUAGAAUAGUCAGAAUUUUCAUAAACCAAGGAAAUUCUUUUCUUUUUUUGUUUAAAGUGGAUUAAAUGUAAUUGUGUGGGAAUGCAUGAAUGAGUAAUCUCAGCCAAUAUAUUGCAUCGGGUGGAUUUAGACACUUGACCUAUAACUUCACGUCCAGAAAAUGUGACACAAUAUUCUUCUUACACACAUCGUCAAGUUUAUGUUCGUUCACUGAAAAACAUGCAAAGCAGUAAAAGUGCAUUUGAAGGGGAGAUGUCACUUAUUUAUAUAUUUUUUUUCAUUUUAUUCGGUGGCAUAUAGGGUUAGUUUCAUUGAGCCUUUGCAAGACAAUACUGUAUACAUGUACAGAAGAGGUUUUGUUUAUAUAUAAUGUUAUGUUUUCUUUAAGUCUUUGUUGACCAUGGGUAACUCCUUGUGAUGUGAUCUCUAGGAUGUUUAAACCCGUUAACCAAAGUGUUGAGGCCUCAGUAGUCUUACUCCUGGGGGGAAGGACCGUUUACCUGAUGGAAGGCCAGCACAGUUAUUUGUGAGCACUGGUUCUAUUUAUUUGUUGAACUUCUUGUUUGUUUUUGGUUGUUUUUCGUCUUAAUUAUAAAAACUGACCUUGUAAAGCCAUUUGCCUCAAUAAAGCAAUACAUUCAUGAUCAAUUCACCUUGAAA